UCGCCUUUCUUUUGGGUUUUGUUUUUUUAUUUUAUUUUUUGUGUGGAUUGCGCCUCCUCCGAAGCUGCGGUCUUCCUUCUCUCUCUGAAGGAGAAGAAGGAAAGAAGAUCUUGUGAUAUUUCCUUUCCAUAUUAGUCCCUCGACUUACUCCAUUUUCUCACUUUCCAACCCAGUCCAUCGCAGACCUUUUUAAAGAUCGCCAGCCCUUUUCUGUCCAAAAAAAGAAAAAUAAAAACCUUUCGUUUUUCGCUCUCUCGUCUCUCUAUCUAUCUCGUGAAUGGAAGAGGAAUUGCAGUAGCGAGAAAGAGAGAGGGAGAGAGAGGGAAUGCUGUAUUUAAAACAACCGAAGUGGAUUCUAGGGCUACGGAGCUCGGUAUUUCGGUGAUCUCGUGGUCUCCUUGUCGUCGCAUGUCCGUUUGAUCUUACCCGAGCUGGAGGCUCGGGAUCCAAACCAUGGAGGCAGAGAACGAGCCGCGGGCUCGGAUCGAAAGGGAGUCGGAUCCGAGGAGCUUCUUCUUGCAGAAAUUCAAACUCUACGAGACUCGAUCGAAAUUUUAUAUGAUAGGAAGAGACAAGAGUAGAACUAUGUGGAGAGUGUUAAAGAUUGACAGAUUGGACCCAUCUGAGUUGAACAUUCGCGAGGAUUCUACAACGUACUCAGAAGUUGAAUGUUACGAUCUGUUGAAGCGGAUCCAUGAAGGGAAUAGGUCCACCGGUGGGCUGAAAUUCGUCACCACCUGUUAUGGCAUUGUGGGGUUCAUUAAGUUUUUGGGGCCUUACUACAUGCUGCUUAUCACAAAAAGAAGGCAGAUUGGAACAAUUUGUGGUCAUGCAGUAUAUGCCGUCACUAAAAGCGAGAUGAUAACCAUUCCGAAUUCUACUGUGCGAUCCAAUAUGGCUAAUUCUAAGAAUGAGAACAGAUACAAGAAGCUCCUGUGCACAGUGGACCUUACAAAGGACUUCUUUUUCAGCUACUCAUACCAUGUCAUGCGUAGUCUUCAAAAGAACUUAUGUGAUGGUGAGACAGGACAAGUCCUCUACGAAACAAUGUUUGUCUGGAAUGAAUUUUUAACACGUGGAAUUCGGAAUCACCUCAAGAACACCCUCUGGACUGUAGCAUUGGUUUAUGGCUUCUUUAAACAGGCUAAACUUUCAAUAUCAGGGAAGGAUUUUAAGCUGACACUCAUUGCUAGGCGAUCACGUCAUUAUGCUGGCACCAGGUACCUAAAACGGGGUGUAAAUGAGAAGGGAAGAGUUGCUAAUGAUGUAGAGACGGAACAAAUUGUGUUUGAAGAUGUUCCUGAAGGCUGUCCAGCGCAAAUAAGUUCUGUUGUGCAGAAUAGGGGCUCAAUACCCCUUUUUUGGUCCCAGGAAACUUCACGCCUGAAUAUUAAGCCUGAUAUCAUAUUGCAUAAGAAGGAUGUAAACUAUGAGGCUACUCGGCUUCAUUUUGAGAAUCUAGCCAAGAGAUACGGGAGUCCUAUAAUCAUUCUGAAUUUGAUAAAGACGCGUGAGAAGAAGCCUCGAGAAUCCAUUCUCCGGUCAGAGUUUGCUAGUGCAAUCGAUACUAUUAACAAGGACCUUUCUGAGGGGAACCGCCUGAGAUUCCUACACUGGGAUCUGCACAAACAUUCAAGAAGCAAAGCUACAAAUGUGUUGGCGUUAUUAGGCAAAGUGGCUACAUAUGCAUUAGACUUAACUGGCUUCUUUUAUUGUCAAGUUACCCCAUCUCUGAGACUUGAGGGAGCUCUAAAAUGGCAAUUCUCUGAAAAGGAUGAUGCUAGGAACUAUCCUCAAAGUAUUUCCAACAACAACACAGGGGACACUGAUUUCUCUGAAACAGAAACCCAGCAAGAUUCCACUGUUGUCAGCAAAAAUUACCCUGUCAAACCACCUAUGUUCCAAAAAGGUGUCCUCAGAACCAAUUGCAUAGACUGCUUAGAUCGGACAAAUGUUGCACAAUAUGCCUAUGGUUUGGCUGCUCUUGGUCAUCAGCUUUAUGCCUUGGGUUACAUAGAUGUCCCAAAAGUUGAUCUAGAUGCUCCAUUGGCUGAUGAUUUGAUGAGGUUUUAUGAAAGAAUGGGUGACACACUUGCACACCAGUAUGGUGGUUCUGCUGCCCACAACAAGAUAUUCUCUGAAAGAAGAGGCCAAUGGAAAGCAGCAACGCAGUCGCAGGAGUUCUUCAGGACCCUUCAGAGAUACUACAGCAAUGCUUGCAUGGAUGCCGAAAAACAAGAUGCUAUAAAUGUGUUCUUGGGGCACUUCCAACCCCAGCAGGGCAAACCAGCACUUUGGGAGCUAGACUCAGACCAGCAUCACAAUUUUGGAAGGCAUGAUGAUAAAAUUACUGAGAAAUAUGCCAGUUCUAUAAAACGAUCCCUAUCAGAUGGCAACAUUUUAUGUGAAAGCAACACGCCUGUCUCUGGCACAAAUAUUGGACAGAAGAAACUUCCCAAUUCGGCAUUGUCUGAAAGAACAAAUCAAGAGGGGACUAGCAAGGAUCUAUCUGAUUCCACUAAUGAAAUUUCAACUUGUGGAAGUGAUAUAUCGUAUUCGAGGUACACACCCUCGAUGGCUCGCAGGCAGCUUUUCACAGACAUACAAAGGGAUCGAUGCCUUGAGAGUUAUCCUAUUUACUUCAACGAACACGGCGUGGGAGACUCAAAUUUCCUUGACCUGGAUUGGCUUUCUUCUUCUGGGAACUCAUGUGAGGAGGAAACGUAUGAGAGGUCUGCUCUCAUCAACUCCCCGAUUUCAACCCUUUCAUCGGAAAAUGUUGUCUCCGGCAUGAAUGUGGAAACAACUCCACCUUCUAGCGAACAUGGAUCCAGCAUGAGGGCCCCAACACAUCAGCUGCCGUGGUGGCACUCAUGGUGGGAUCCAGAGUUAUUGGUAAAGGGAAGAGAGGAAACAGAGAUGGAAUUUUCCUUUGACGUGGCCCACAAUCCAGACGCGCUCAGAGAAUUUUCUGACAGUUUUGUGAACUGGGUCAUCCAUGGAGAGACCCUGUGCCAUUAAAUGCCAAAUCAAACCCUCAGAUCUCUAAUUUACUUCCACCCCCAUCUAACCCACUGCUGCAUGUCUGCCUAUCCGCAUAACCAGAUAAAGAAUAAGAGGAAAAAGGGAAGAGAAACAACAGCAGUGACAUCGGCAUGCUUUUGUAAGAUAUCCAUCCUCUUCAUAGCCUCAUCCGGUCCCAGUAUAAAUGCUUCGAUCGUGUGAGAUCCUCGGUUGGAAACCAAUACAAGUAUGAGAGAUAUAGAUAUUGAUUCUUUUGGAGCUCUAUUCUGCUUCACCGCAGGCAGAUUAUGAAACCUAGAAUUCUUGUUUAUGUAAAUAUUAUAUUAUAUAUUCUCGCACACGUUGAGCUCCAACAUUUCAGUUACGGUAUUCCUUUUCUGUGUUUGCCAUUUAUUCAUUUAGUAUUUCAUCAUUUCA